AUGCAGACGCUAUUGGGGAUGAUCACACUGAUAAUCAGCCACACGGAGGAGGAGACCAGAGAACCUCAGUCAGCUUUAAACUCUCUGAAACAUGAUUCAAGACGUAAGAAACCAUUCAGCUGCUCUGAGUGUGGGAACAGAUUUGGCUCCAGGAGAAAUCUAAAUAGACACAUGAGAACUCACACAGGAGAAAAACCUUUCUGCUGCUCUGAGUGUGGGAGAAGAUUUGGCCACAAGCAACAUCUGAAGAGACACAUGAUAACUCACACAGGAGAAAAACCUUUCAGCUGCUCAGUGUGUAAGAACUCUUUUACACAGAGUGGAAGUUUAAGGAAGCACAUGGUAACUCACACAGGAGAGAAAUCUUUCAGCUGCUCUGAGUGUGGGAGAAGGUUUGGCCAAAGGGGACAUCUGAAGAGACACAUGAUAACUCACACAGGAGAGAAAGCUUUCAGCUGCCCAGUCUGUAAGAAAUCUUUGGCGAAUAGGGGAAGUGUAAAGGCACACAUGAGAAUCCACACAGGAGAGGAACCAUUUAGCUGCUCUGAGUGUGGAAAACGAUUUAGUCAAAACUCAAAUUUGAAGACUCACAUGAGAACUCAUACAGGAGAGAAACCUUUCAGCUGCUCUGUCUGUAAGAAAUCUUUUAGACGGAGUGGCCAUUUAAAAUAUCACAUGAAACAACACACGAGAGAGGAACCAUCUACUUCCUGUGUUAGUGACAUCAGAACGCAGUAGGAGUGGAGCUCCAGUGUGGACCAGGAGCAGCCAGAGAAUCUCAGCCAGGUCGGAACUCUCUGAACCAUAGAAAUACAAUGUCGGCAGAUGUACGACAUGAUAUGCUCCACUAAAGGCACGUUCAGCACUAAUACGACGGCUCAACGUUUAAAAACAUGGAAAGAGCAAUGCUUAAAGGAAUAUUUCACCGUUGGAAAGACGAAUAUAUCUUUAAAUUGGGUAACUUAUGUAGUAGAAAUGUGAA